AUGUUGAGUUUGGCCAGCUCUUUCGCCGAUGAAAGAAGCUGCAGGGGCUUCGUUCCAAAGCUCUGGCACGUCGGAAGACCUCUGAGCCUCGGGCGUGAAGGAGCACCUGCGGCUCCAUCCUGGCUGGCUACCGUUGCAGGCGGUGUGGUGAGUUUCAGGAGCCUUUCGGCGAAGCUCAAGAAUCAGAGCAAAGGAGUGGUCAAGAGGGCUGCGCUCCAAAGGCUCAGGGAUCAUGCGGCCAGCAAGGGCGGGAAAUGCGUUUCAGAGGCGUACACGAACAGCAGCACGAAAGUCCAGUGGGAGUGCAAAAUAGGGCACAGGUGGAUGGCCACACCAAGCAAUGUGCUUCAUCGCAGAAGCUGGUGUCCUCGCUGCGCCGCCAACAGGCGAAGCCUCAGCUUGCACCAACUCCAAGCGCACGCGAGGAAAAGAGGCGGCAGGUGCUUGGCCGACGAGUACAGGAACAAUCGUACCAAGGUUCGCUGGCAGUGCAAGCUGGGACACACCUGGGAGGCAGAAGCCGGAGCGGUUCUGAACCAAGAGAGCUGGUGCCCCGAGUGCGCUCGCACAAGAAAAUCAUGGUCCAAGCGAACCAUGACGGACUUGCAGGAGCAUGCUGCUGCCCGUGGUGGCAAAUGCUUGGCUACUGAAUAUGUUGGUGUGAGGGCGAAAGUUCCGUGGCAGUGCGAGAAAGGCCACACGUGGCAUGCGAGGGCAUACAGCGUAUUGAACCACAAGACCUGGUGCCCGAUUUGCGCAAAGUGUGCCCCACUGGGCUUGGAGCGGCUGCGGAGCCACGCAGCGCGCCUCGGUGGACAGUGCCUGGCCGAGGACUACAAGAAUUCCCACACCAAGGUGCGAUGGAAGUGCAGCUCUGGCCAUGUAUGGCGAGCCAAACCGACAGAUGUCUUCCACAAGGGCAGCUGGUGCCCCGAGUGCCAGAAGAUCGGCCUGGCACGCCUUCAGGCACACGCCGCGUCGUUGGGCGGGAGGUGUCUGUCCAAGAAGUAUAGCAACAGCACUGCGAAGGUUCUUUGGGAAUGCCAGCUUGGGCACAGGUGGAAAGCCAGCGCUUCUAGCAUCCUUCAUCAGAAGAGCUGGUGCCCUCAAUGUGCGGCCAGCACUUGGAAGACGGAAGCCGAGAUCCGGAGCAUUCUGGAAGCCAUCUUCGCUCCUUCAAUGUUUGAGUCGUCCUAUCCUAAGUUUCUCGAAGGGUUGCAGUUGGACGGCUACUGCUCCGAGUUGUCCUUGGCUUUCGAGUACCAGGGGGAGCAGCACUACGAUCCUGACAACUACUUCCAUUUCGGCGACCCUUCAAGCUUUCAGAGUCAGCAGGAGAGGGACGGCAGGAAGCGACAGCUUUUGCGAAGAGGCCGGCGUGCGAUUGGUGCUGGUGCCAUGUUUUGCCAACGACAAGCGCCUUUUCGUGCUCACAGCUCUGCUUCAGUGGUUCUCCAUCGCUCAGAUCACGGCCCCGAUGUUGUCGCAAGCUAG